AUUGAGAUAAAUGAACACUACGGGACUGUGCUGAGCAAGAACAAAAUGACUUCCCAAGAGAUCUGCCAGACGCUGCUCUCCCAGCUGUCAGCUGACAUGGAGAAAAAGCUCAGAGAUGGGGUUUACAUGCAGCCUGGUGGGCAUGAGCUGUAUGUGAAAGACCAGAAACAAGUGGUGGAGAGUUUCCGGAGGACACCUAACAAAGGAGUCAUGGCAGAGCAGGUACUGGAGCAGUUCAUGGACAGUAAGAAGGCAGAAGCAGCCACCAUAGUCACGGCUGACAAAAUGCUGACAGAUGUACAAAAGUGCCUGGCGG